UGUCUCAUAUGAAAAAUACCUGAAAGAACCAAAUACACAUAUGGAAGUUGAUAAAAAGAAGAAGAAAGAAGCAUGAGAAUCUCACUACUACUUUCCAAGAAAAUCUUUACAGCCCUGUUCCAGCAUUUUCUUUCUGAAAACUUUCCCUUCUUUAUUUUAUUUUAUUCCCAAGCAUAUGCCCAUUUCUCUCUCCCUAGAUCUCUUUCCUUCCCUUGUAAUUAGUUCCUUCAAUUUCUCUCUUUACAUUAAUAUUCUCAUAUGAAAGCUGUGACCCAGAAACAACAAUGGAGAUUGAAAUCAUGAGAAGCUUCUUGUUACCAGUUUGGUUGCUUUUCCUUUUGAUGGUAGAGGAAACAUCUAGUGCUAUGAGAAUGGAGAAAAAGCUAAGAGAAAUGGAAGCAGCAUUAUCAUUUUCUCAAUCCCUCCAAGUUGCAGAAACCAAACAGAAGAAUAAUGGGAGAGUGUUUUAUCCAAUUGGGUAUGGGGGAGACCCAAGUGGAGAAGAAGAGAGCAGUGAUGCUAUAUUGAAUGCUUUAAACGAUGCGUUUCAACUGCAAAAUGGGCUAACGUUGGUGUCUGGUGUAAAUGAUUUGGGUGGUGUUGUAAUUGAUUUGCAAGGUGGAAACUACAAAAUCAGCAAACCCAUAAGGUUUCCUCCUUCUGGUGGAGCCAACGUUGUGGUAAAAGGAGGAACCUUGCGAGCAUCAGACACCUUUCCAGGGGACAGACAUCUGAUUGAAGUAUGGUCACCAAAUUCAAAACCCAUAGAUAAUUCAGAUUCCAUUGAUGAUCUUCAUGGUUUCAGAGACAGCAAAGACCAAAUCACAGGCAUCUACUACGAGGACAUAACCUUCAGAGACAUUCUCUUCGAUUCAAAGUAUAGAGGAGGAGGGAUUUUCAUCAUAGAUUCUGCAAGAAUUCGAAUCAACAACUGCUUCUUUGUACACUUCACAACACAAGGAAUUCUUGUCCAGAAAGGCCACGAGACCUUCAUAUCAAGCUGCUUCUUAGGACAACAUUCCACAGUUGGUGGAGAUAAAGGUGAGAAAGAUUUCUCAGGCACUGCCAUUGAUCUUGAAAGCAACGAUAAUGCAAUAACAGAUGUUGCAGUCUUCUCGGCCGCCAUUGGAGUUUUACUCAGAGGUCAGGCUAAUAUCCUGACAGGAAUACACUGCUAUAACAAGGCAACGUUCUGGGGUGGCAUUGGAAUUCUGGUGAAGCAAUUUGCUUCGCUCACCAGGAUAGAUAACUGUUACCUGGAUUAUAAUUCUGUAGUCAUGGAAGAUCCAGUUCAGGUUCAUGUCACUGAUGGGCUUUUCCUGGGAGAUGGCAAUGUGGUUCUGAAAGCUAUAAAUGGAAAAAUUUCUGGGGUUAAUAUAGUAAAUAACAUGUUUAAUGGGGACCCAGAAAAUAUGGUUCCAAUAGUAAAAUUAGAUGGGAUUUUUACCAGCAUUGAUCAGGUGGUGAUUGAGAACAACAAUGUUAAAGGGAUGAGCUUGAAAUCAAGUGCUGGGAAACAAACGGUGGGUGGGAAAGGAACAAAAUGGGUAGCUGAUUUUUCAUCUUUGCUGGUAUUUCCUGACAGGAUUAAUCAUUUUCAGAUCUCAUUUUACAGUGUUGAGAAAGAGUUGCUGCCAGUGUAUGCAGUGGUGACAAAUGUUUCAAGUAAUGUUGUGGUUGUGGAGAGUGACAAAGCAGUUAAUGGGAUUGUUUCUGUAGUGGUUGAUCAGAAUAAUAUGGCUGGAGAUAUUGUUUUUAUGUAAAGAUUUUUUUUUUUUUCAAUAAUAUUGAAUAAGCCUGGGUUAUAGGAAUC